AUGGCAGAGACAUCAGCAUCCCCGGCUAAAGCCAAGAAAUCCUCCAAACCCAAGAAGCCCGCUUCUCAUCCGAAAUAUUCGGACAUGAUCCAAGCGGCUAUCGUGCACGACGCCAGCCGGAGCGGAGCGUCCCGUCAGUCCAUCCAGAAGUUCGUCCGGAAGAACUACAAGGUGGGCGACAACGCUGACGUCCAGAUUAAGAUGGCCCUCAAGCGGCUGGUGGCGUCCGGGUUUUUGAAGCACACCAAAGGCAUCGGCGCGUCCGGUUCUUUCCGACUCGCCAAGGCGGACGACGCCAAAAAGUCCACCAAGAAGCCGGCUGGGAAAACCAAGAAGCCAGCUGCUAAAACUGCCAAGCCGAUCAAGAAAGUGGCCAAGCCCAAGGUGAAGGUGCCGGCGAAACCCAAGAAAGCAGCCGCAAAGAAGAAGUCGGCUGCCAAGUCGACUAAAAAGGCCUCGCCGGUGAAAGCCAAGAAGACUGCGGCCACGCAGAAGAAGAACAAGCCGGUCAAGGCGACCAAACCCAAAGCCAAGCCCACCAAGAGGGCGGCGAAGCCCAAAGCCAAACCCGCCAAGAAGGCUGCCAAAGCGGGCAAAAGGAAGUAA